CGUCUCCCUAUCUGGCCCAUCUCCAUGGACCCCAAAACUGCGUGCAAUAAUUGUCACGCGAGCAAACUGCCAAUUUCAGGAUAAUUACUGCCAUGUAGGACUCCACGUGGCUAAUAUCCUGCCCACUCAGCAACCCCUCUUCGCUCUUUCCCUUAUAAAAUCCCUCCGACCCGGUUUUCUCCCACUCCAUUGCUCGCUGGACCACUUCUACAAACUCUCUCUGCACCAACCUAAUCUCAUCUUCUCCGGCGACCUCCUCGUCGGAAGAUGAUUUUUCCGACCACGCUCCCCUUCAGAUCCGGACUUACUGUUUCCUUCUCCGAUCAUCGGCGUCACGUUUUUCACGAAAAACCCCUCAGAUAAACCCUAACCCCCCUCUCCCCUUUUCCCUAUUAACCAAGCUAUUCCAUUCUUGCUUCUUGCUCCACCAUUUUUACGGGGGUUUCUUCUCCUCCGGACUCUGUGUGUGUAUAUAUUUUGCUGGUGGUUUCUUUAAUUCUCUUUUCAAUUUCUGCGGGGAUAAUCUGAGUGUGGAUGGAUUAGUGGAACGGAAGGGCGACAUUGAUUCAGGAGCUGUAAUUUUGUUCUUCCUUUUUGAGUUUGAAGUUUUGGAGUGGGAGAUUCUGAAUGUACAUGCAAUUUCUGAUUUCUGCUUUGAUUUGGUUUCUGUGAGUCUGUGAAUUUCAAUGCCAGUCCGUGUUUGUCGUCAGUCUCUGGAAAUGAAGCAGCAGACAGGAGAGAUUCAGUAAGCGUAGUCAUAAGAGUUUCUUUUUCUUUUCUUCUUUUUUUAAUUCGGGAGAGGAGAUAUUUUUUGUUUGUUUCUUCUCGGUCAUGCCUUUUCCGAUGAAGAUCCAACCGAUUGAUAUCGAUACUCGGACGGCGAGGGAACAGAUUCGGACCGACUCGGCGAAGCCUGUGUUCAAAUCGCGGCUGAGGAGGCUUUUCGAUCGGCCGUUUCCGAGCGUUCUGAGAAUUUCUGCGGUAGAGAAGCCUAUUGUUGGGGAACCAGCUCAGUUUAGCAGCAAAGAUGGAGGCGGAGGCGGAGGCGGAGGGGUAGGGACUGAGUUCGAGCCGACCUCUGUUUGCUUAGAUAAGAUGGUGCAAAAUUUCAUCGAGGAUAGCAACGAGAAGCAACCGGCGGCCGUCAAGUAUGGCCGCAAUCGCUGCAAUUGCUUCAACGCCAACAGUAAUGACAGCUCCGAUGACGAAUUUGAUGUGUUUGGGGGUUUCGGUGAAUCGAUCACCUCCGGAUCUUCUGGUGGUGAUGCAUGUGACAUGCUCAAGAGUUUAAUUCCUUGCGCGAGCGUUACGGAGAGAAACCUUCUAGCAGACGCUUCGAAGAUCGUCGAGAAGCAUAACAAAAUUCACAAACGAAAAGACGAUUUGCGCAGAAUCGUAACUGAUGGCCUCUCUUCUCUCGGUUACAAUUCCUCCAUCUGCAGGUCCAAAUGGGACAAAUCCCCCUCUUUCCCAGCUGGUGAAUACGAAUACGUGGAUGUGUUUGUGGAUGGAGAAAGAUUGCUGAUAGACAUCGAUUUCAGGUCCGAAUUCGAGAUAGCUCGUUCGACAGGAACGUACAAGGCGAUUCUCCAGACGCUGCCUUGCGUCUUCGUCGGAAAAUCGGAUCGUCUCAGACAAAUUGUUUCUAUCGUAUCGGAAGCCGCGAGACAGAGCUUGAAGAAGAAAGGUAUGCACUUUCCGCCAUGGCGGAAGGCCGAGUACGCGCUAGCGAAAUGGCUCUCUCCUCCCACCAGAGCCGGCGAUUCCCCCACCAAGGCUCCUCCAGAGCAGCCCCAACCCGAAGAAAUCGAACCCCAAAUCCACAACGAUUCGCUCGUAACAGACACCGAUUGUGGAGAAUUCGAGUUGAUCUUUGGCGAGGAUGAGGAAUCGGCGCCGAGCAACACCGUCCCCGGCGAUCCCGAAUCGCCGUCUUCGACGUCUUCAAGUUCCGGUCAAAAUAAACGGCCGACGGGAACUGCUUCCCCGUGGCAACCCCCUGCGAUCAAGCCAAAGAGCAUGGAUAAAGGAGCUAAGAUAGUCACCGGAUUAGCUUCCCUUCUCAAAGAGAAAUCGUGAGGAAAAAAAAAAGUUUUGGAUUUUUUUCCCUUUUUUUCUUUUUAACUUUCAGGAUUAAAAAAUAUAUAU